AGAUAUUCUCAAUACACGGUGGGUGUGGUCGUGAGGUCGGUGUCAGGAGCCAUUACUGAGGAGCAAAUCCCAAUUCGUAUGACGUAUUGCACUUCAUCGUAAAAGCACCAGCCAACCCAACCAUAGUAACGGGGUAACGGACUAUUAACCAUAGUCAAACUUUUGCUGACGGGAGCAAUCAACACGGGCACUGUCAUCACUCACCGUAGCCCGUAGCCGAAGCAACACUGUGUGGAGCCAGGUGGUUGAUAAAUGAUAGUAAUUCCAUGAUUCCAUCUGUACGUUGAUAGAUGUUACCGUAGGUCCGUAUGAAUAGCACUACGCUAAAAUUAAGAAUAACUCUACUGUCUGCAGCCUGCGAUCUGCGUCCGCCUCUCCCAGACCAGAAGUCAAGUCAGAGAGAGGAUUCCUUUUUCACCCAAUAUCUAACCGUUAGAGAUGAGUACGUGUCGCCAGAUACGAUACGAUGCCCGUCCCCGUCUAGUCGAAUUCCUUUGGAUCCUCGCCUUCCAAUUCCCCUAGUCGUCAUCUUGUGUUCUAGGCAAAGAAAGACAAUAGCAGUAAUAAAUUAUUAGAAGACAUUACUGUCCAAGUGUCAACUAGUCGCCCGUGAUCGAUUCUUCUAUAUAGCUUUAAGACAAGAAUAUCUUUCUUUUGCAGUAAUGGAUCGUCGGAUAGAUUAGCAAUGUUGUUUUCGGACGAGAUUCCCUCCGGCAUCUGCCUUUACUUGCUUCUCUCUCUUUGUUUUUCCGGCGACGUAGUUGAUUCUCAAUCAACGCAAUUUGAUCUAGGAACUUUAACUCUGAACAGUCUGAAGCUUCUCGGAGAUGCUCAUUUGAGUAAUGGCAGCUUGCGUCUCACUCGUGAUUUGUUCGUCCCUAAUUCCGGCGCUGGGAGGAUUUUGUACAGUAAGCCCGUCAGGUUCCGCCAGCCUGAGACUCCUCCGGCUUCUUUUUCGACUUUUUUCUCCUUCUCGGUCACUAAUCUCAACCCAUCUUCCAUCGGUGGAGGACUCGCUUUUCUAAUCUCGCCGGAUGACGAGACGGUCGGCGACGCUGGUGGGUUCCUUGGCCUGAUUGGAAGAAAUGCGGUGUCUGGAUUCGUUGCGGUUGAAUUCGACACAUUAAUGGACGUAGAAUUCAGGGACAUUAAUGGGAACCAUGUGGGUUUGGAUCUGAACAGCUUGCUUUCUACUCAGGUGGGUGAUUUAGGUGCAGUUAAUGUGGAGCUAAAAAGCGGGGAUCUCGUGAAUGCUUGGAUCGAUUAUGAUGGCCCGACUCGGUCGUUUAAUAUCUCUGUUUCGUACUCGAAUCUCCGGCCAACCGAUCCGCUUCUGUCAUUUAAUCUCGACCUGGAACGGUUCGUCAACGAUUUCAUGUACGUGGGUUUCUCUGGUUCGACUCAGGGGAGUACAGAGAUUCACAGCAUUGAACAGUGGAGUUUUAGUUCUUCAUUUGGCGGAGCUUCAUCUUCUGUCUCCUCGUUCCCAUCCUCUGUAACGGCUAACGCAUCAAAUUCGGCAACUCCUUCCUCAGCUCCUACCAUCUCUACUUCCGACUCCAACAAGUCAUCCUGCCAUAACCAGCUCUGUAAGCAAAGACCCGGCGCGGUGGCGGGGGUGGUAACAGCUGGAGCUUUUUUUCUGGCCAUUUUUGCCGGUGUUGUCAUUUGGGUGUUCUCCAAUAGGUUCAAAUCACUCAAAAGAUCACAGUCUCUUGCUCCCGAUAUCAUCAAAAACCCAAAGGAGUUCAGUUACAGAGAGCUGAGGUUGGCCACAAAAAACUUCGAAUCUGCCAGAAUUAUAGGCCAUGGUGCAUUCGGGACCGUAUUCAAGGGCAUACUUCCCGACACGGGAGACUUCAUCGCUGUGAAGAAAUGUAGUCAUGGAGGAGAUGAGGGCAAGACUGAAUUCUUGUCGGAGCUUUCAAUAAUUGGGACGCUACGACAUCGAAACCUGGUCCGGCUCCAAGGGUGGUGCCACGAGAAGGGAGAAAUCCUACUAGUCUACGAUUUUAUGCCUAAUGGAAGCCUCGACAAGGCUUUAUUUGAAGGGAGGUCUCCUCUUUCUUGGCACCACCGGAGAAAAAUUUUAAUGGGUGUGGCCUCUGCUCUGGCCUACUUGCAUCAAGAAUGUGAGAAUCAGGUAAUUCACAGGGAUGUCAAGACUAGCAAUAUAAUGCUCGACGAAGACUUCAAUGCCCGACUGGGGGAUUUCGGUUUGGCGAGGCAGGUCGAGCACGACAAGUCCCCGGAGGCGACGGUAACGGCUGGGACGAUGGGGUACUUGGCUCCUGAGUAUCUCCUCACAGGAAGAGCUACAGAGAAGACUGAUGUGUUCAGCUUUGGAGCUGUAGUACUGGAGGUGGCCAGUGGGAGGAGACCCAUUGAGAAAGAGACGAUUGGGGUUGGAAAAGUUGGGGUGAGUGGUAAUUUGGUGGAAUGGGUCUGGAAUUUGCACAGGGAAGGGAGAUUACUCGGGGCAGCUGACAUGAGGCUGGGAGGUGAGUUCGACGAGGGAGAGAUGGUGAGGGUGCUCAUGGUCGGGCUGGCUUGCUCACACCCUGACCCAUUGGCCAGGCCUACAAUGAGAGGUGUGGUUCAGAUGUUUGCCGGUGAGGCUGAAGUGCCCCUUGUUCCAAGAGCAAGACCUUCCAUGAGUUUCAGCACUUCUCAGCUGCUCAUGAGCUUGCAAGAUAGUGUAUCUGAUUGCAAUGGGAUGAUCACCAUCUCUACCUCCUCCUGUUCCUCGGAUCCCAGCUUCAGUGGCAUUGGAAUCGUAUGAUCCAUCAAUCUUCUCGAUUUGUUUUAUUUUUCUAAUCUUUUUUCGGGUCUGCCUCUGGUAUAGAAAGUAUUAAUUAAGUAUAUAAAUUCAUUUA